AUGGCGCAAACACAACCCCCGACCUUCAUCAACCUCCCUCCUCCGGGCUCUAGGCCAGAGACUCCAUCUGAGAUGCCCGGCACUCCCACAAGCACGACCACAUCUCUUUCGGCGUUAUCGACUACCGCGAUCAAGGAUGGCCAUCGUGGCCACUUCCCUCAAGGUCCCCUCAGUCGCGGCCAUCAGCAUAAUCCUUCUACCCAAAGCCUCGAGGCUGAGCGUGCUGACCGUAUCUCCCGCCUUGCUGGUCUCGAGAGGGUUUCAACACUGCGAGCACCCCCUUAUGCGAACGCUCCUGGAGCUUCGUCUGCCUCACCACAGACCACCCCGACCUCAACAACUGGAUUCCCGCCGAACUAUCCUCCUACCCAACACUUGACGCCUGCAUACUUCGACAGCAAUGGACAGCCUGUUGCCGUGACCAAGAUGAGCACUGUGGGAACAGCGAGCGCAACUGAGAGUCACGUUGGUGAUGGUGAUGAUCUGCGCACAACUGCUGGCGAGCGAGAUGAGGACAUGUUUAGCACUGACACCAACUAUCGUGAAGCUGAGUCGGUUACAAGUAUGGGUGGCUACCCCGAUGCUAUGGAUGAGGAUCUUGAUGGUGCUACUGCUCGCUCUGUCGGUGGUUAUGAUGAUCGCAUGAGCGACGAUGGGUCCGCUUCUCUGGUGGGCUUUGGUGAGGGCGCAGGGAGCACUGUAUCCGGACCUAUCUACCACCGUCGAACGGCCCCCCAAGCUUGGGGUCUAGAGAGAACCAACUCGGGACUAAGCGACAUUCGACGCGAUCGCGACACUCAUAUGGGUGGCGACACUCCUGUGAGCGUCUCAGCUCUACAGGAGCGUCGUGAUGCUCGUAUGAUGGAUGGUGUCGCAACGGAUCCAAACCCGGGACAAGCGACAGAGAACGACUCUUUCGUCGACACUACCUUCCGUGGACCUGUCACUACAUCACAAUCACAAUCACAGGCCGGUGCUGCCCAGGAGGCAGCGGAGCGAAUUGUGCAGAGAUUGGACAGAGGUGAGACAAGAGCUCCUGCCUCUGGUCUUGUAGGGCCUGGACGAGGCGACGAACCAUUGGGCAAGUUCUAUUUUGAGGGCGAAAAGCGCGAGGAUUAA